CACACACACACGUGAUGCAGUUUGAUGUUGGGCAUCUUUGAUUUUCCUAAUUGAUGACUGUUGUCUCUGCUUCAACUAAUCCUUGUAUCACUUUUUCUCACAAGGGGUCUUCUUGAAAACAAAAAAUCACAAGUCCCACAGAUUGGGGAAGCUAAGGAGAUCCCAGCAUUUUCUCAAGUUGGAUCUCCAAAGAGCCUUCUCCAAGCAAGUUGGUACUUAUUUUAACCAUUUCUUGAAAUGGUUAAUUCACCUAUGAGCAGAAAGCUAGCAAGAAAUGGUGGCCUGUUUUAUCCAGUCAUUGGGUUUUCACUAUUUGUCACUUUUCUCUAUUUGGCAUUUGGAGACUUGUGGUGGGGUUUCAAUUCCAACAGAGAAAACAUAAAGCUAAGUUUUGUGGAGAGAAAUGGGACACAGUUCUUUGUGGAUGGUAAAGCUUUUUACAUAAAUGGUUGGAAUUCUUACUGGUUAAUGGACCAUGCUGUUGAUUAUAGUAAUAGGCCAAAGAUUAAAGGGAUUUUACAAGCUGGUGCUAAGAUGGGCCUCACUGUAUGUAGAACUUGGGCUUUUAAUGAUGGUGGAUACAAUGCUCUGCAGAUUUCCCCUGGUAGAUUUGAUGAAAGAGUGUUUAGAGCAUUGGAUCAUGUUAUUGCAGAAGCCAGAAAGAAUGGUAUUAGGCUGAUGCUUAGCUUGGUUAACAAUCUGCACGCAUUCGGCGGGAAGACUGAGUAUGUAAAGUGGGCAGAGAAAGAAGGUGUUGCUUUAAGCUCUUCCAACGAUUCAUUCUUCUAUGACCCUACAAUCCGUCGUUAUUUCAAAAAUUAUGUCAAGACGGUGCUAACUAGGAGAAACGUGUACACUGGGAUCGAGUACAGGGAUGAUCCAACUAUCUUCGCAUGGGAGCUAAUAAAUGAGCCUCGCUGCAUGACGGAUCCUUCUGGUGACACACUUCAAGACUGGAUAGAAGAAAUGUCAACAUUUGUGAAGUCAAUCGAUAGGAAACAUCUGCUUACGGUAGGCCUAGAAGGAUUCUAUGGUCGUAGAAGUCCAAAGAGAUCAACUGCCAAUCCAGAAUUUUGGGCUGCUGAUCUUGGAUCGGAUUUCAUCCGUAACUCCAUGCUCUCGACGAUUGAUUUCGCCUCUGUACAUGUAUAUCCAGACCAUUGGUUUCACGAUAAACAUUUCGAAGAAAAAUUAAAAUUUGCAGCAAAAUGGAUGCUUUCUCACAUUGAAGAUGGUGACAAGGAACUCCGGAAACCAAUCAUUUUCACUGAAUUCGGUUUGUCAAAUGAGAACGAGGACUUUGAACCCGCUCAACGAGACAGAUUCUACAAAAUGGUUCUUGAUUUCAUAUACAAGUCUGCUAAAAGAAACAGGUCGGGUGCAGGAUCGUUUUUCUGGCAGUUUUUGGUUGAAGGGAUGGAACUUUAUAACGAUGAUUUCGGAAUUAUUCCUUGGGAGAGGCCUUCGACAUAUCAGCUAAUUACUGAGCAGUCGUGUAGGUUGGCUAGAGAACACGGGGUACUGCCUACACAAAUAGAACAUUUGAAGGAUUUUUGUGCAUCGACGAGGUUAUAGACUAUAUCAAGCAAGAUCUUGAU